AUGUCAACAGGAGUCACGGUCAUGGCGUCUUGCUGUGUUCAGCCCAACGUUCAAGUCGUGACAGCAUCAGCGAUAACACCAGGCCAACCAAGCUCGACGAUUACAGCACCAGCACAGACACACACGAUUCAAGUUGGUCUAGCAGAUCACAAGUUCAGACCCGAGGCAACAGUGGCCAAUGUCGGUGAUACUGUGGAAUUUGCCUUUUACCCGCUCAACCACAGCGUUGUUCGCGCCGAAUACGGUUUCCCAUGUAUACCCUACGAGAUGACAGGAGCGUCUAAAAUAGGGUUCUUUUCUGACUUCCAUCCCGUCGACACGGUCUUGUCCUCACCACCCACAUACCGUAUCGUCAUUAAUGAUACAGACCCCAUCUUCUUCUACUGCUCCGCCCCCGGCAGUUGUAUAAACUAUGGUAUGGUGGGCGUCAUUAAUCCCAAUGCCUCGGCGAGUGUACAGAAGCAGCAACAGCUGGCACUGGACAGCAAAUACAUGCUCAACCCAGGCGAACCUUUUCCAACUGAAGAAACACCCUCGCCGAGCAACCCGCCGACCAGCACUCCAACAUCCAGUCCAGUUACAGAAGAUACAAGCAACACUAAGAGUCGCCUCUCCACCGGCGCCAUAAUCGCCAUGUCCAUCACCAGCGCCAGCAUUACCAUCCUCGCCGCCCUCCUCUUCUUCUUCUGGGGCCGCACCAAAUCCCUAAAAGACGAGAUAAAACGCAAAGGCCGUCCAUCCCACAGCCCAUCCGCGUCUCCAAGCGGCGAAACACGCAUGUUGGAAUCUCGAGCCGAACUCGGGAGUAGCAGUUCAGGACCCGACACUAACAACGCCCUGCAUCACCAACAAUACUACAUGCAACACCAUCCCCACCACCACCACCACCCAGCCUCAUCCCCAGACACCACAACCCCAUACCACCAACAAUACCAAUCCUACCCCGCCUCCCUCUCCCAAAUUCCCCUAUACUUCCCCCCUCCACACGCCCCAACGUCCUCUCCCUCCCCCGUUCCCACCCCACCACCACCACCACCACCACACUCGCACUCUCCACACCCACACAUGCACCCGGCCUUCCUCGCACCUCCAGAACCGCAGCCCAUACCCGGAAAAUACGAAAUACCAAGCCCUAUAGGCCAACAUCCUGCGUAUCUGCCUGUAGAGUAUUAUGCUCAACAGCAGCAGGUGCAAGUAACGCAGGUGCAGCGGCAGGUACGACAUGAGUUGAGUCCGACUGGGGAUGCGGAGAUGCUCCGAGGACGAGGUGUUGAAGGAGGUGAUGGUGCAGAUGCGAUUACGCCGGUGAAACAGGAGGGAGAAAGGGGACAGAAGAGUGAAUUGGGGGGUUCGAGUCCGAGGGUUGUUGGUGCAGAGGGAGAGGGAGAGAGGGAGAAGGUGCCUGGAUAUUUUGAUUCCGUGUUUGAUAAACGGGGGUUGGUGGGGAGGAGGACGGGGGAGAGUGGGAAAUAA